AUGUAUAAGUAUCUUAUAAUAGUAGCUUGGACUAGCUACGUAACAGAAGAUAAACCAAUAUCCAGAAGUGAUACUAAGAAGGGUAUGUACGCCAAGGAGCAGGCGGCUAACCCUCACUUGACGAUAAGGUAUACCAAGGGAAGCAAGCAUUGGAUUGACCACUUUUAUCUUCUCUGUUCAGAAUUUGAAAUAAUAAGAAGAUACUGUUUAGAUUCCAGUUGUUAUUUGCAAAAGCUUUUUGACGUAUAUAACGGUAAGUAA